GUACAUAUGAAUGCACAUCAUUUUUAUUCACUCAGAGCAUGUGGCACCUUGUGUGUUUAGUCAACAGGCAUGUUUAAAGUGAUACUAUCUGAGACGCAUCACAGCUUAAAACUGACAAAAUGGGGACAGACACAACUGAUGAUUCUCUACCUUCUGAUCUCAGGUACAUGCUCCCUGGUCACAGUCCACCAGCCUCCUGUGAUAAUGGCUGCCCUCGGACGUGCUGUUGUGCUACAGUCCAACCUCAUUCUAUCUCCUGAUGAGAAGAUGUCGGCCCAACCGGUUCUGUAUUGGGACCAUUUAAAAGGAGACUCUGACAGUGCCAGACUGUGGCCCAGCUCAAAGAGCUACAAGAGCCGUGUAGCACUGAUGGACAGUAAUGAAGACUCCUUCAACAAGUCCAUACUGCUCAAGAAUGUGCAGUGGGACGACAGCGGGAAGUACUUGUGCAAACUUUCCAUCACCACAGAGGGGAAAAAGUUCAGGGAGCAGGGCAAACCAACUUUACUGAUGGUUUACGACAGCAUGAUCUUUAACAUCACCGCUCAUGACGACUCUCUGCUCUGCUGUGAGGUCAAGGUGACCAGGGGUCCGGCUGUGGUUUUGUCCAUUUUUCACGAGGGUUCCGAACUGGAAACUGGUGACUGUGGUCCAGAAGAAGCUGCUGCAGCUCUGCCCUACGUCACACUCUCCAAGAGCGUACAUGUGAGGGGCGGUGGAAACUACGAGUGUCAGCUGCACCUGAAUGCAGAUCUGAUAACUAAAAGCAGCUUCCAAAAUAAUCCAUCGGGUGUAGAGGUGUUUCCAGAGCCGUGGCCCCUGUAUGGUUCUCUCCUCCUGGUGCCCAUCACCGUCCUGCUGGGACUCAUAAUUGUACAGAAGUGCAGAAGCUGAGUUUGUCAACAUCUGGCUGGAAUAGAGAGACUACGUUGUUGAUAUCUAUGAUAGAGGAUUCACUUUCCAUCAGAAAAAAAAGUCACCCUCAACUUCCUCAUUCAUCUGAAAUGUGUUCUUCUGCUUCUGUUUUUUUUUUUUUUUAACUCUAUCGCCAUCUAAUGGUGGCCAAGUGUCACUGCACAACAGGGCCAUCACUGAUAUUAAAAGAAUCUGCUUUAUACGUGUUCUCAAACACUGAAUUGCAUAGUAUUUUAAAAGCACGCACACAGGGAUACACAUCAAAGCUUUAACUGUAUGGAAGCCCUAAACGGGUAGGCAUCAAUACAUCGAAUUCAACUAAAUUUUUUUGGUUGUUGUCUCAAGAUCGCAAUUUAUUUGUUUCGUCAUAACAGGAUUCAAAUUGUUCUGUGAUUUCUCAGGAACUCAAGAAAUGAUCUCGUUAGCACCUGGAAACCAACGUUGGUCUGCCGAAAUAACGAGAUAAAUAAGACGAGAAAUAAAUCUUAAUGUACUCGUCAUCAAGGGAUAAAAGAUUCAAAUAAAAUGUACUGAUGCAUGUCUGUCCCGAUAGGUAAGGACUACUAAGCUAACACAUAAAGAAAGAGUAGAAAGGAUAUUUAUGCAAACAUUGUGCACAGUAUGUGAACCAUUGUAGGCUUUUAACCUAUCAAAACUAGAAGGCUGUGUGAUUUUAACCAUUUGACAACUAGUGAUCACAUGACUAGAGUAGUCAAAAUGUCUCAUAUGUCAUUGCAUCAAACUUUUAUCUUUUUUGUAAACUUUAGAUACUUGAGAAGCUAUGAUUGAUCAGAAACAAAAAGAUUGAUAAAAACAAGUUUGUCGUCAAUGUGUCUACUUCAACGAGCGACAUUCAUCCUAACUUGUUGCUCUGAUUUAAUUGAAUCCACAUAUUUACAAAGAUUGAAAGGGAUGCUGGUGGAAUUAGGGACAGAAGGGUCAUUCACACUUUAGCACACAGUUACACGUACACACAAGCACACACACUCAGUGAACGAUGCAUUUUCAAGGACCCGCACAGGGAUGCAAUCAGCACAGUAAUCCUCACUACUGGCAUAAUGAAAUGGCCAAAGGAUCAGCAAACACACACACACACACACCCACACGGAGGACAGUUUCCCCUCUGAGCUGAGUCAGAGGAAAAAGGCAUCACACCUCUUCAUCAGGUUACAUGUGGAUUUAAAAACAAUGGCGUUUAGUGGGAUGAGCUUUUUCUCAAGAAGUGACAGUACAGCAAACUAUAAUGUACCUCACUGAAAUUAAAGUUUUCUAUCACUUUGUCUUAUUUACAGCUAAAAAAGAUUCAAAGAUAACGUAACUUUCAGAACAUACUUUUAAGAGUAAAAAAACAAACCAAAGAAAGUAACUUCUCAUGCUUGAAAAAAUGGCUACAAUAAACACUGAGAAGUUACUCUCUUUGAUUUGUUUUAUUACUCAUAUGUUCUUAAAGUUAUGUUAUCUUUUGUUAUCGUUUAGUCAUUUUUAACUGUGACUACUAAUGUUUGACAUAACAAGAAUACACAGUUUGAAAGACUUUAUUGUUUUAUCUAUGGCUUGCUCCUCUUUGAACCCACCACAUACGACACCUUCUAUGUAGUAGGCUAUAUUUGCAUUUGUAAUGAUUGUACAUUUGACUUUUUUAUGUCUCACUUCUGACUUUAAUUGUUUUACACUUUGUUGUUUUAGAACUGUAUUUACAUCAAUCUUGCAUUUCAACACAUGUAUUGCCGGCGUUAUCGUCCAAUAAGCCUUUAAAUCUUGUAUCGUGUGUUUGUUUUUAACAGUUUUGGACUGUGUGUUUAGACUUUUUUUUAUGAUAUUUUCUUGGAUUCCAUCAGUCAUGCUGAUCCAAGCAAACCAAAACAAGAAAAAAAUCUAUAAAACAUGUUGUAGUUUUUCUGUUAUAUCAAUGACAACACUGAUUUCUUAGCAAACACGUGGGGGGGUUUUAAGGAUAAAAACAUUACAUAAAAUCACUGUUGCCAUAACAA